AUGGAGAUUUCUCUUAUAUGUUUCGCCAAUUCUUCAUAUACUUCUUUUUCUUCUAAUGAUGAAUUUCUCCAAAGUAUACCGGUAACUUUUGAUAUAACUCUCAUAUUACAUACUCCUACACGUUUGGCUUCUUUAUGGACAUUUUUUCGACAAAGAAGAAAAGCAUUCGGAGAUCUUUUAGGCAUUUUAUUCUUGGAAUGA